AGAAUGGUUAGAUUAUUGUUUACAAUUCAAUAAUCAAUUCGAAAUCAUCAAUAAUCAAUUUAAACAAUUCAAUCAAUUAAUCAAAGAAAAUCAAAUCCAUUUGGUGAAUACCUAUUUAGAUCAAUUACAAAUAGAUAUUAAUCAAUUGGUGAUAUGGAUUGAAUCAGUAAAAACUUUAUUGAAUAGAAUAGAUCAUUCUGAAGUGAAACAGUUUGAUGAUGAUAAUAAUCAUCAAUCAAGAUCAUAUUUACAAAUCAAUAUUAGACAUAGUUUAGAAUCAAUUCAAUUGUAUCAUUCAAAUCUUGAAAAGAUUUUAUUAGAUAUAAGUCAAUGGAAUACAACAAUAAAAAAUGUAUAUGGUUUAUUAAAUGAAAUGAAUGAAGAAUUAUUAUGGAUAAAAGAUCAAAAUGAUUCAAUUAAACCCCUUGAAAUUCUUAAAGAGGAAUUGGUUGAAAAUUUCGGUCAGGUUGGUGUACAGACUCAUCAUUUGCAAAGUAGAUUACAUCUACUUAAUAAAGAACUUCAGUUAAGAUAUGGAAUUAAUUAUUAUAAUCAUCAUUUAACUUCAUCAAAUCAAACAUUAUAUGAAGCAUUACAACAAAUUUCAACUAAGUUGAACCCUAUAAAUUUCAACCAACUAACCAUGAAUGAUAUUUCUCUAAUGAGUAUUCUUAAUAACAUACAUCUUGAUGAAUACAACUCGAAUGAAAUUGAAGAAUAUCAUGGAAAUGAAAUCAUCGGGGACUUGAAAAAAUGCUCAUUAAUACGAAUAUAUGAAGAUAUUAUAUUAUCUUUAGGAAAUAUGCAUCUAUCCAAUUUUCCAUUGGAUAAUUCAACAUGUACUAACGAUCAGAAUAUUCAACAUGAAGAACGUUGUGCAAAAGUAGUUGAAUUCGUUAAAUUGUUACAAAGACAAUGGAGUAAAUUACUGAUUGCAAUUAAUGACAUAAAUGUUAAACUAGCAAGACAUCAUCAAUAUUUAAAUGGAUUAUAUAGCUUAGUUAUACUCAAUACUAAAAUUGAAGAAAUUAAUUUAAGAAUAUGUGAAACAUAUAAUGGUGUUCAAUUGACAUCAACGCUUGCCGACUGUUGUCUUGAACCUGUUCGAGAUAAAUCAACACAGAAUGAAGUCAUUGAUAUGCAUAAAACGGGAAUGAAAUCAACGACAAUUACUAAUACAUUGAAAGAACAAAAAGCUAUAACAAUUAAUAAAGAAAUUGUCAUUAAUUCAACAUUAAGGCAAAUGGAUCAUAUAAUUGAACAGUUGAAAUUAUUUACUACUCAUUUAAAUCAACUACGAAAUGAAGUAUAUGCAUUUCUACCAGCCAGAUCUAUUCUGAAUGAAAAUGAUUAUUCAGUAUUUCAUCUCUUGAAAACUAAAUUAAAUCAUCUUUAUAGAUCUAGAAAAUCCCUUGUGGAAGUAACAUUUCAGUCUGUUAAACAACAAAACACCAAUAAUGAAGACAAUUAUAGUAGUGAUCGUAGUGAUGAAGUUUCACUAACCGGUCUACGAACAGUUGGUUCAUCAUUUCAAGAGGAUAUAGAUUCUGUUAUUUCUAAAUCCAGUCUUGAAGAUGAUAAAGAAGAGAAGAUAGACAAAAAUCAACUCCCAACAACAACUGCAUUGCAUGAAACACUAGAUUUACAACAAACUGAUUGUGAAAUGACUUUGGCUACUACUGAAUCUGAGAAUAGUCUACAGGGAAUAAUGUUUAAAUCAACAAAAUCUAUCAUAAGUAGUACUGAAGGCAAUGAAGAUAAUAAAUAUUCUGAACACAAUUAUAGAACUCCGAUGAAUUCCCCUGAAGAACAUGAACUACACAUACUAUUACUUCCACAUAUUUCAAUGAUUGCUCAUCAUUUAUUAAACAGAUUAAGUUUCAUUCAUAUGCAUUUCAUAGAUUGCUUAGAAAACAGUUUGAAAAUAAGGGAUAAAUUGGAACUUCGACGUGAUGUUUUACGUCUUGUUGAUAAUAUUGUAUCAAUGGGUAAUUGGAUUGAAGAAAAGGAGAGAAUUUUGUUAACAUUCAAUCCUAUAAUAUAUCCUUCAAUGGAGUUUUUAAAUACUUUACCAAUACCAUGUCCUAUUACUGUUACGGAAGAAAUUAUUCAUUCACUAUCACAACUCUCUAUACAAGCUUAUCGUUUUAAAACAUUUGAACAUGAACUAAUAAGUCAUGCAAAUUUAAGAUUAAGUGAAAUUGGAAUGCUUAAUGAAGGAUUAUCGGAGAAUUUAAAGAAGCUUGACAAAGAAAGAGAUUUUAGUAUUCUUCAAUUUAUUCAAUCUACUAUAAAACUUAAUUUAUCAAUCGAGGAUUAUGUAGAUGACGAUGAAGAUGAUGUUGAUGAUGAUGAUAAUGAAGAGGCACAGGAGGAAGAGGAUAGUAGUGAAUCCAGAGAUAAACCAUAUGAAAUUAGUGUGGAUAAAGAAAGUAGUCAAGAAUUUGUUGAAACUAAUCAUGAAACUAAAAUGUUUUAUCGACGUAUAUCGAAAAACGUUAGUGAUGAACAAACUGACGACAACAAUGUUGACAAACCAAAAUAUUCAAAAUUAUUAGAUUAUAUUAACAAGAAAUGGCAACGUUUGAAGCUUUUACUCAAUGCACGUCGUGAACGGUUUGAAUUAGCUGCAUAUUUAUCAAAAUACCAUACUUUAUGUCAAACAACAAAAGAAUGGAUAAUACGUAAAAGAGAAUUACUCAUUUCAACUGAUGAUUUAGGCACAGAUUUAAAUAGUGUUAUGCAAUUACAAAGAAGAUUAUUAGGUUGGGAAAAAGAUUUUAUUGCAUUACAAGAUGAAAUCCAAAGUCUUAAUGUAGAAGGUGAAAGAUUAUUGAAAGCCCUAGUAGAGGAAGCUCCACAAAGAAGAGAUUUAUACCUUAUCUCCGGAGAAUUGUAUGCUUCAAAAGAAGUCAAUCAUUUAAGAUUAGAGUUGAAUCACGAAUGGGAACUUUUACAAGUAGAAUUAAAAAGUCGUCAAGACAAAUUAUUAGCUUCAGCUGAACUGCAACAAUUUUUUCAGGGUUUAGAUGACAAUCAAUUAUGGUUACGUAAUAUUGAAAUUCGUGUAGCAACACAUCAAGUACCAUUGUCUGUAGAAGAAGCCAAAGCUGAAAUUGAUAUACAUAAAGAAUUAGGUGAAGAAAUUUUAGCUCGUAAAGAUGAAUAUAGUGAUUUAAUAAGUUAUGGACGAUGUAUUACAGCUGGUGAAACAGAUUUACAUUACAUACAACUUGAUGAACGUUUAGAUAGAUUAGAAAAUGGUUGGUCAGAAUUAAUGCAAAUGUGGACAUAUGAACAAAAACUUUUACAACAGAAUUUAAACUUCCAGAUGUUUCUACGUGAUGCACAUUUAUUUGAAACUUUGUUGUCAACACAAGAAAGUAAACUAAUGAAUUAUCAACUCAUAAAACAAAAGAAUACAACUGAUAUUGUUGCUUCGUUGAAAUCUCAAAAUGAAAUUGUUCAGUGUUUAAUCAAUGCUAAUGAAUCAUUGAAUCAUUUAUGUGAUACCGGGAAUCAACUCAUUAUAGAUAAAGUAUAUUCAAUGGAGAAAAUACAAAAUAAAAUCUGUUUUAUAAAAAACAGAUAUAUCACACUACUUGAUGAAGCUCGUACAGUA